AUGAUAUCUCGCGAAAUUCUAUUAAGCGAGGCCACGUUGGACAUCAUUGUUCCAAAUGGCAUUCUUGAAUGUACUGAAGAACGGGCGCUAUCAAUAUUAUCUGCCACGUCUCGUUCUCAGGUCUUUUAUGAUGAACUGUUACGCUUUUAUCUUGUUAUUGGUCUAUCUUCUGAUUCUGCCGUUUAUGAUCUCGCUACUGUGAACGAGUUUUUCAAUCAACUAGACAUAAAUGUAGAAGCUUCCCUAAAUGAUUCGUACAAUACUUCUGGCCCAUCUCUUUCUCCUAUCCCUAGAUCGUAUCAUAAUUCAAUUAAAAGGUCACGUUCCAGUUCUACUACUACUCCUCCUUCAAUUCCUGGAUCCCCCUCUUCUUCUGACAAAGUAAAUAAAAUGUCAGAAGGUUCCAUUAUUUAUUCAUGUCCUUACGACCCAAAUAAAGAUGAUCAAAAAAUGGUCGUUGUUAAGUUUAAAGGUUGUUGGACUUGUGUCGUCCCAUUGAAAAUGUCUGUGAAUUUUAUGAAAACACGUUCUACUAAUCCAACAUUAUCUUUGAAUAUUUCUGUAUCUUUGCAGCCAUCUUCUUUGAUGGCUACUGGAGAUGUGUCAGAUACGCAACUUUUUGGCCAAAUGAAUUUGUUAGCUGGCCUUGCUGAUGAUCCAAUCUUUGAGGAUAUUCCUUUUCAAAUAUAUCCACCUUGUUUACAAACUUUACAAACGUCAGAUUCUGUAAAUAAACGAAACUUAUAUGGACCAAUAAAACUUUUAAAAAGAAACUGUUUUAAAUCAUUAUCUUUAAAAACUGCUUUAAAUGUUCGUAUGCGAACAAUAAGUGUUUCUCCAUUGGACAACUCUUUGAUGAUUUCUAUUGAGGUUGAAAACAAUAACACAGAAACAACUGCUUCAUUUACUGUGGAUUCGAUCAAGAUAGAUGUCCCUCAUAGUUUUGUGACAAGAUACGAAUAUACACAAGAUAAUAAUGCGAAUGAUUUUCCUUUGACAUUGAAUUCGCUAGAUCAAGUGUCUUUUCUUUAUAAUAUUGUAAUACUUGAGAAACCAUCCCUACCUAAUUCCUCUACACAACAACAUUUUUCUCCUUCAUCUUUAAUGAGUUCUCGCGGUUCUUCACGUAGAAGUUCUGUCUCUUCCAUUUUUUCAACAAAGUUACCUUCCCCAUCUCCAGCUGAUGAUCGACAGCGUCCACUUUCAAUCAGAAUAAAAGGUUCACCUAUUUUAGAAACCAAGAAAAUACAUGCUGUUGAAUCUAAAUGGAAUUGUAUGCUAGAUCUAGCUAGUUUACUCAAACGUGAUAAUUCAAUACCUCUUCAUAAAUUAAUUCAACAAACUCAACAAAAUUCAAGUUUCACUGUAUCUCAAACUUCUGUUUCUUCGAGAAAUUCCGGUUUUUUCUCAACUGGUAUAUCAACACCAACCUCUACAAAAACUUUUAAUUCAGAUUUACAUAUUAAGAAGCACCUGAGCGUUCCAACAGCUCUUGAGUCAAUAUGUAAUGGCAUAAAUGGAACCCUAAUUGGAGGUCGUGUUCCAAAAUUACAAAAAACUGUCAUUGAUAGUGGUGAUUGUGCUGCUGUAUCAUUUUCUGUUAAUUCUGAGGUUGUGGUUGGUCAGAUAUUUACAGUACAAAUUUCUAUAUUCAAUAAAUCGAGUGAAAUAAAAAAAUUUACCAUCAAGGUUCCAAACAAAAAUCAACUUCAAAAUAGCACAUCUCCAUUAUCGAUAGUAUCAAAACUUUCUGACAAUAGUUAUAAUGACAUUUCGAUGCUUUCUAUACGUGGCAACCUAUCGGAUAAAAUUGAACCUUUUAUAAAUGAAUCAGACUUUCUCAAAAAAUAUUUGGAAUUUGAGACUUCUGAUGCUAAUCUUGUUUGUUUAGAGAAUAGCGUUUGUACAGGGCCAAUACAUCCAUUGACAUGUGAAAUUGUUUCAAUACGUUUCAUCGCUGUGAAAGAAUCUUUACAUGUAAUCGAUCUAGUUCAAUUUGUAAAUACCGAUACGGGCUUUGUAACAAAUCUUCGGAACGUUUUAGAAAUAUUAGUUCGUGAUAGAAACAAUAUUAUGAUGUUUCCAACAUCCAACACUGAAACGGACAAUAACUCAAUAUUCAAUGACAUUCUUCCAAUUCGAAAACAACUAGUCGUUUCGUAA